AUGUGGAUCUUCUCGAACAAGUCUUCCAAUGAGAGUGGUGGCAAUCCUAGCAGUUCCAUUCUCGGUUCUCACGAUGAUCCACUCUCCUCACUCACGCUCAUUCCUCCCCCAGUUACCGAACCCCUCCCUGGACCAUAUAAUUUUCACUGGAUUCGCCAAUCAGCUUCUAGUCGAAAGACACCGUCUGAUCGCGUUACAGUCUUUUCUUGCGCUAAUGCAUCGUCAUAUGCCUCCGGUGCCCUAAGUCAAACAGUUAAGCGUAUGAAAACCCUGCGUCAUCCAAAUAUUCUCACUUGGAUGGGAGGAACCGAAACUCUCAACCCAAAAGUGCCUUUCUACAUCAUUACCGAGGAAGUGCGCCCUUUAAGUGACUACUUAAGAGAACAAGCAGAUGCGUGUGAAAACUUUGCCAAACUAGCCUCAUGGGGAAUCUAUCAGAUUGCUCGUACUCUGAGAUUUCUAAAUGACGAUUGCCAACUCUCAUAUAAUGCAGUUUGUGCUGCUACUGUAUAUGUAAACAGAUCGGGAGAAUGGAAACUUGGGAGACUGGAUUAUGUCACCCCGAUAACAGAGGCGAAGGAAAUGAGGAUGAACAUCCAUAGACCAGCUGCUUAUUGUGCUCCCAAUGACCACUGUGUAGACUCAUGGGGUCUGGCCUGUUUGAUCUGGGAGAUAUUUAACCCGGAACCUCUCACAGAAGCUACUCAGUUGGGAGCUAAAUCAAGUCUGGACAGGCUUCCGAAGAAUUUGGUGACCUCAUACCGCCGCCUUUUAUCCACAAAGACUUCUAUUGUUGCGUCAAAGGCUCGAUCUCCCUUUGCUGCGUUCCUAAAAGUUGGCUUUUUCAAAAAUGAUUAUAUUGAUACCCUGCUAUUUCUGGAAGAGAUUCAGUUAAAGGAUAAAGAGGAGAAGGCACAGUUCCUGGCGGGACUUGGUCAAAGGGCUGUCGGGCUGUUUCCUGAUGAUAUUUGUCGGUAUAAAAUCCUUCCUCAUUUGGUCCAGAGUGUUCAAUAUGGUUCUGCCGGUGUUGAAGCUCUAGUUCCGGUUCUUGAACUCUCGCACCUUCUCCCCGCCUCGGAUUUUGAAGUUGUUGUUGUGCCAGCCCUCGUACGUCUCUUUGCAGCUCCAGAUCGCGCCACUCGAGUGCGUCUGCUUGAACAACUUCCCAAAUUUGUCAACAAACUUCCACCCAAGUUGGUCGAAUCGCAAAUCUUCCCUUCUGUGGCUGCUGGUUUCACAGAUGCUAAUCCGCUAGUCAGAGAAGCAACCAUAAGAGCUAUGGUUCAUCUUGCACCCAAACUACCGUCAAGAGUACUCAAUGACGCCCUUGUGAGACAUCUCACUACUCUAGAGUUCAAAGACGAUCAAGGUGGUAUACGUACCAAUGCAACAAUCUGCCUUGCCAAACUGGCUGUUCGAAUGGAACCUUCUGUGCGUCGUGGACCCGUUUUGAAUGCUCUUUUGAGGGCAACUCGUGACACCUUCCCAGCAAGUCGGCAGGCAGCUAUCACUGGUCUCGCCGCUUGUCAAGCCUUCUUUUCUGCCCAGGAGUUGGCGGGAAAGGUGAUUCCCUGUCUUUCCUUCGUUACUGUGGAUCCCGAGAAGGAUAUUCGGGAUAUUGCGCUGAAAGCUAUGAGAGGAAUGAUUGAACGACUGGAGAAGACAAGUGAAGAUCCUACAGCUGGGGAAGCAGAUACUUCGGUUCUCGGUGGAACGACUAGUGGAGCGUCGGCUGUAGCUGGUUCAGUGGUGGCAGCUGGUGGUAAAUUAACUUCCGCAGGAGCUAGCAUCGGCAAUUGGGCAUUUACGGCUCUCUCAUCGCUCUCCUCGCGUCUUAUCUCCUCUUCUAAUACAACGACUGGUGGUACUGCUUCCGCUCAACAGGCGCCUUCACAGACAACAGCAACAGCUCCUUCAUCCUCCUCUGGUGCCUCCCACCCUGUCCCGUCAAAGCUUCAAACUCUAAGCUCAUCAACUCCUCCCAAAAAAUCUAGUCCCGCGUUGAAAAUGGUGGGUGAAUGGGAAGAUGAGGAGGAGAAAGACGAUGAUUUUAGGUCCCAAGAAGCUCCUAAGCAGAAAUCCUCAAUUGCUACAUGGAAUGCUAUGAAUGCUGAUGAAGAUUUUACAGACGACGAUACUGGCGGUGAUGGCAAUGGCGACUGGGGAGAUGAUGUAGACAACAAACUUGAUUUUGAUUCUCUCUCCAUCACUUCACCAAAACCCACAUUUCCUGUUUCGUCUUCAAGGCCCCAAGCUCCACGCAAUGACCUCUUGAUCGAUUGGGAUGAACCUCUAUCUGCUUCUCAGCCGACACAACCAAGCACAGCUCGUCAACAAGAUGACGCCUGGGCUUCAUGGGGCGAAGAUACCUCUCCAGUAAAACCACAGCCGAAACCAUCGGAAGAAUCGUGGAACCGUGGAUCACAACAUUUGAGGAGUUCUAAGGCUUCUUCUCUCAGUCCAGCACUCAGUGGCAAGUCGUCUUUGGCCUCGAGAGUGAGUGUUAAAACGUCGAGUGGUGGUGGUAGUGGUGCAUGGCAACGAGCUCCAGCUACCUCGAAUGAGACAGAUUUCUUUGAGGAAAUGCUUGGUUCUACGAAUUCGAAAGCAUCUUCUAUAUCGUCUUCAGUUCGUAAUUCCCCCGUUAUGAGACCGAAUCCAGCUUCUUCUUCUGGUAGAAAAGCAAUGGCUCCGCCAAUGUCGAAAAAAGCCACUGAAGAUGAAGGAGACGGAUGGGGUGCUUGGUGA